AAUUGCCAUCACCAUAGGCCAAGAAGAAGAAGAAGCGCACUGUCUCAGCUGGCCCUCCGCUAUUUUUUGACAACAACGCGUCUGCCGACAAUGUUCGCAUGUUUGACCCAUAGUGGCAAAACGACCAUCACUUUUUAAAAGCUCUCCCUAAAUUUAAAAUUUUGAGGCGAUUCGUCAUGGAGCCAUCCGCGCCUAAAAGUAAGCUGAAAAAGCUGAGCGAGGACAGCUUGACCAAACAGCCGGAAGAAGUGUUUGAUGUGUUAGAAAAACUUGGUGAAGGUUCCUAUGGCAGUGUCUACAAAGCCAUUCAUAAAGAAUCAGGACAGGUCGUGGCCAUCAAGCAGGUUCCAGUGGAGUCAGAUCUGCAGGAAAUCAUCAAAGAGAUCUCCAUCAUGCAGCAGUGCGACAGCCCUUAUGUAGUGAAAUACUACGGCAGUUACUUCAAAAACACAGAUCUUUGGAUUGUCAUGGAGUACUGCGGAGCUGGAUCUGUUUCUGACAUCAUCAGACUGCGCAACAAGACGCUGACAGAAGAUGAGAUUGCAACCAUCCUUAAGUCGACCCUGAAGGGUCUUGAAUACCUUCACUUCAUGAGGAAGAUUCAUCGUGACAUCAAGGCUGGAAACAUCCUUCUCAACACUGAGGGUCACGCGAAACUGGCAGACUUUGGAGUCGCAGGACAGUUAACGGAUACCAUGGCAAAGAGGAACACAGUGAUUGGUACCCCGUUUUGGAUGGCACCAGAGGUGAUCCAAGAGAUCGGCUACAACUGCGUCGCAGACAUCUGGUCUCUGGGCAUCACAUCCAUCGAGAUGGCAGAGGGCAAACCUCCAUAUGCUGACAUCCAUCCUAUGAGAGCCAUCUUUAUGAUCCCCACCAACCCUCCUCCUACGUUCAGAAAGCCCGAGCUUUGGUCAGAUGAGUUCACAGACUUUGUCAAGAAGUGUUUGGUGAAAAAUCCUGAGCAGAGAGCAACAGCCACGCAGCUCCUUCAGCACCCAUUCAUCAGCCAAGCCAAGCCCGUCACAAUCCUGAGAGAUCUCAUUACAGAAGCCAUGGAGAUGAAAGCCAAAAGACAGCAAGAGCAGCAGAGAGAGCUGGAGGAGGAAGAAGACAACUCUGAAGAAGAGACAGAGGUGGACUCGCACACCAUGGUUAAGUCGGGCUCAGAGGGUGCAGGGACCAUGCGACCUACAGGCACGAUGAGCGAUGGCGCUCAGACCAUGAUUGAGCAUGGAAGCACCAUACUGGACGACCUGGGCACCAUGGUCAUCAACACAGAUGAUAAAGAGGAGCCGGAAGACCUUGGAUCCAUGAGACGGAAUCCAACAUCCCAGCAGCCCCUCCGUCCAGCCUUCAUGGACUACUUUGACAAGCAGGACUCCAACAAGGCAACCCAACAGCAGGAGAACUACAACUACAACCAGCUGCAGGAGCCAUCCGGCUACCACAUCCAAUCCAAAAACGUUUUCCCAGACAACUGGAAAGUUCCUCAAGAUGGAGACUUUGACUUUUUGAAGAAUCUGGACUUUGAAGAGCUGCAGUUGCGCCUGAGUGCCUUAGACCCCAUGAUGGAGCGAGAGAUUGAGGAGCUGAGGCAGCGUUACACUGCCAAACGCCAGCCCAUCUUGGAUGCAAUGGAUGCUAAGAAGAGAAGACAGCAGAACUUCUGAGUGUUUUCUGACCAUCUUCUCCGCUGGGGUCGAGGUUUCAAAACCAGCAUGAAACUUUUCUUCCAUUGACAGCAGAGUCGGAUUCACUCUGCUGUCCGGACUAACUGCUAACUUGUCUUUGAAUGAAGUUGGAUUCUUUCUGUCCUGGAUUGUAUCCAUUUAGUUAACGAAUUUCACUUUCAGCAGGCUGAUGUAGUUUGGAAAAAGAAAACGGUUGUGCUCUACAGUUUCUGUGGAGCCGAUUCUGGCUGAAAAGAGAAGUAAUUCAAGGCCUCCUGACACCAGACAGUCUUGAACAGAACUUCCUGUUUUUCAGUUGCAUUCCUAUCAGUGCGGUUCACACAAAAUGAAGUCAUCCACUUAUGUUUGUUCGAUUUGUAAAUAUAAUAUAGAGCCUUGCUUAAACGAACCUGCAUUAAAAAGCUGUGGAGCUUCAUCCAUGACCAAAGAUGGGACAAAACAAGGAAGAUGAUAAAGCCUUAAUAUUUUGUGACAGUUUCAUCAAUUUGCUCACUUGUAAAUGAGUUGGAAGCAAACUGCUGAAGCAGCAAAUCUUUAUUAGGAUGAACACAAAUAUAGAAGAAUCAUGCUUUUUUUUAAGAAAGUAAAACCCACCAAGUACAUUAGUGCCUCUUUAGCCACUUUUACCCAGGUUGUUACCAUUCUUUAAAGCGAGCCCUUUAAAGACAUUUCUCUGAUUUAAUAAAAGGCGAUGGUAUGUUCAAUAGUUUUUAGGUAGUCACAUCCUUAUUUGGUGUGUAACAACUAAACUUCAAAGAUUCUAAAGUCGUCAUGUUUGAGCUGUUUCCUGUUGUAGGACUGGAUCCUUUACACCAGGACUGCUCAGUCUCUUAUUGUUCUGCAGCUUAUUCUUCUUUGUUCACUGCUGACCACCUGAAUGAAGAAUUAGCCGGCUCUGAUUGACUGAACUCACCUGGUCCAGAUCAUUAACAGUGACUUGGUGGAUCUUGUUCAGCCCUGUAUUACUCAAUCUGUGGGUUUAUUAAACAGACCUGAACUGUAGAAAUUGUUCUAUUCCUGUGGUUGUAAAAAACAAAACAUUUUAGGUUUCAACAAUAAUACACAAGUUUGUCCUCAUUGAUGUGUUAUCAACAGACUGAAUUCCUGCUAUGUUUGUCUUAUGGAUCUUUAAACAUAUUCACAUCUCUUAGAACCUAAAAACUUUUUUAUCUAGCUUUUUUUGUGGCUUCUUUAGGAAAUUUUGCGUCAGUUUAUUUCAAGAUUGCACUUGUAACGACCAAGUAGACAUUGGAAAGCCUUCAUACAGAUAACCUGGCGUGUGACUGUGACUUAUUUUCUUAUGGAGCUCUGGCACAUUUAUUUUCACAAAAAAUGCUUUUAGUAUCUGAUUUUAAGGAAUUAUUUAAUCUAAUUUAUGCAUGUUUUUUUUUUACACAAAUCAUAACUCGACCAAACGCACAGCAUAGCUUCUAGUUGCUCUUCCACAUGAAUGUGACUGUUUUGGAUCUGUUGCACGUCUCUCUGGCUUUUCUGAAGACCACUGAGACCAAAGUGGACUGUUUAUGUAAACAAUCAAUGCUGUAAAAUAACCAGAUAUUUUCAUUCAUGACAUUUACCAUAAAUUUGACAGAACUACAUUGAAGUCUACUCACUAUGCAUGUUUGCCUCAUGGUGAAAUCCUGUUGUAAAGAAUGCACAGUAAGAAGUACUGCUAUGAUCAAUUCAAAUUUUGUUUUUUUGAUUAAAAGUUUGCUCUAUAACAUAAAAAAGAAAAAUUUACCAACUUUUGGCUAUAACAUGUCCAGUUGUCUAAAAUUAUUUUGUCAUUUUCACUUUGUGCUGACAUAGGGGUGUAGAACCUAUGAAGAAUUUACAUUUCAGCUACUUAUUUAUUUUAUUUUGUUUGCAAUAACUUUACAAUGUAAUAAAAAUUAAAGAAGGCUCUGAAGAAGUGUG